AGAUAGAAUCAGAUAGCUCGGAUGGUGAAUUUGAAUCAUUAAUAGAACAGAUAAGGAAAGGAAGUAUAGCUCAAAACCUUAUCUUAAGCACAAAUAAAACUGUCCACCAACCAAGCACAAGAGCCAACAGAGAAAAGGCCUACUGAAACCGCAGACCUUGAAGCAGUCCUUGAUUUCUGGUGUGAGGGUCACUCAUUUUACUAGUCUGUCCAGAUGUGGAAUGGGGAUAUAGAAAAUAACAAGUCACCCUGUGAAGAUGGCCAGCCUUUGAAAGGGAAGGGAGUCAAGACACCAAGGCCAAAUGCCAUUUCACUUCAAGAAACAACUUCCAGGAUAAUGGCUUCUGCAAGAAUUCCUAGGAACAAAUUGGCCAGUUGCUCCCAGUCAGCAAAGACAGAGAAAAGGCUCCGGGUGUGCUCAGUGCCUGGCUGUUUCUUGCAAGAUCUCUCAAAUCCAGGUUCCCACUGUGUGAGGUAUUUUAAGAAAAAUAAAGAGGAGCUGGCAUGGAAACUCUACUGUCUCUAUAAUAGCACCAUCUUUGACCAGAAGUUACCAGACAAAAUGGAAAUAAUCUGGAAUAAGAAAAUGAGAAAAACAGCAGGAUAUUGUGUAACUGGGCAGACAGAAGGUCCUGAAGCAAAGCGUUACGCUAGAAUAGAACUUUCUGAGAAAGUCUGUGACUCUGCAGUCUUUACUAGAACUGUCAGACCUUGGGCUGCUUAGCCUCCUGCGUCAGAGGACUACAAGUGUGGACACUGAAGUUGUAAAGAACCAGCUGUAUGUCCGCAUACAUGUCACAAGUCCAUGAGGCCUAAUGGGAUUCACCGCACAGUACUGAAAGAGUUAGCCAAAGUUAUAGCAGGACACCUCUUGAUCAUCUACAAAAGGUCUUGGGAGCCUGGGGAGGUCCCUGCUGACUAGAAGACAGUCAGUGUUAUUCUGGUUUGCAAGAAGGACAUGGAGGAAAAUGCAGAAAACUAGAGACCUGUUAGUCUAACCUCACUUCCUGCAAAAAUUAUGGAGAUGAUUGUAUUGGGUACUGUUGAACAACAGUUAAAGAGUAAUGCAACUUAAGACGCAGUCAACAUGGGUUCACGAAGGGAAAGGCCUGUUUAACUGAUUUGAUAUCCUGCUAUGAUAAGGUCAGCCACUUAGUGGAUGAAGGAAGGCAGUGGAUGUAGUUUUUUUUUGUACUUAGUAAGGCUUUUGAUACUGUCCCUCACAGCAUCCCUCUGGACAAAUUGUCCAACUGUGGGAUGAAUAGGUUCAUGGUUUUCUGAGUGAAGAACUGGCUGAAGGGCAGAUCUCAAAGGGUCGCAGUACGUGGAACUACAUCUGGCUGGUGACGGCUCACCGGUGGUGUUCCUCAGGGUUUCAUUAUAGGGCCAGUCCUGUUCAAUAUAUUUAUCAAUUAUAUGGAUUCAGAAUUUGAAUGCACCUUUAGCAAGUUUGCUGAUGAUACCAAACUGGGAGAGGUUGUGAACUCUUGAGGGAAGAUGGCCUUGCAG